AUGUAUAAUGAAACUUCACCAGCUACAGCCGAAGCUCGGCGGCUCAAGAAGAGGGAGCUUGAUCGGAAAGCUCAAAGGCUAGCACGCGAACGGACCAAGAGUAGGAUUGCGCAGCUUGAGAGCAUGGUGGAUAACUUGCGACAAAGCGAUUCGAAUUCACAAAUAGCUUCGUUGAUGGACGAAUUGGGCAGAAUCACGAAAGAGAGGGACAAUUUACUGCAAGUCCUCGACUCAUUAGGAUCAACCAUUCGUCGUCAUCUUGGCGACGCGAGUACCACCAACGAACCAUCACCCGACACCAAAUCAGAAGCAUCAUCGAGUGCAACCACAAAGCUUCCUGCAUCAAGCACUUCCACAGCCCCAAUUGACACCACGAGAGCAGCUUCAGAAACGAGUAGCUCCGCGAUUCUAGAACUCCCCAUGGACGCACCUCCAACCGAUCCCUUCGCCUACACAGGCUGGACCUACCCCGUCAGCAACGGUCCCUACCCAACAUCAAUGGCCUUCGACAACACCAUUCUUCCUCCUUCAGGCCACGGCUUCAUGCCCAUAACCCCCCUUCUCCCCCCCUCCGAAGACAACGACGUCAUCGUCCCGAAAGCUUCCGUGUUGUGCCACUGCUCCAGCCCCACGAGCUGCGGCUCUUCCUACCACGGCGUGAAACCCAAUAUCUGGCGCGCCAUCAACGAAACGUUACAAAAACCGACAAAGCUAUCUGCGGAAGACAUGGCGGUUGAGGAAUAUGGUGCGGAGGAUAUGCCGGUUAGGGCUAUUGUUGAGGGGUGGGAUAGUCUUGAACGGGCGGGCAAGAUGACGGCUACGUGGCGCAAGUUACGGGUUGCUGAUGAGUUGUGCUUUGCGAAUUGUGGGAAUACGGAGAGGUUGGCUGCGAUGAGGCUAUGUCAUAUGCUUCUUACGUACCAUGGCGAUCCCACGUUGGCAAGGCGGGCGACGUUACCGAGAUGGUAUCUAAAUAGACCAUCACAAGCUCUACCACAUUCCUACGGCAUCGACUUCUUUGUCUGGCAAGUACACCCUCACUUUCAUGAGCCAUCAUCUAACAGGCUCAGGCCCGGCUUACGAGAACGACUCAUCUUCUCACAACAUCAAUACUGCACCAACACAUUCUGGGACAUGCUCCAAUCAAAUUUCAAAAUCCUCUGGUCCGACUCCUUCCAAGAUACAUUCUACCACAGCCCACAAACAGGGAAAUACCACAUAUCUCCCAUCUUCGACCAGAGAAUAAGAGAUAUUAACGCCUGGACAAUGUCACAAGAUUUCUUUACACAUUUUCCGGAACUUGGGGAGGAUAUACCGACGUAUAUGGGUGUACCGCCAACGAUAAGCGGUGCAGUUAUGGUUAGGCGGAGGGAGGAUGAUGAGGAUGUUAAGAGGUUUAAGGGACAGAGGGCUGCUAUUUGUUGA